AUGCUGCACACUUUUGAGCAGCGUAACUCGACGCUGCGGACGCUGACGCGGCCGUCGCGCGGCAUUUCCACGCUCCACCCAGACGAGGCGGCGAGCAUCCCUCUCGACCCCGACGGCAGCAGCAUCAACACCGCCAGAAAGACGUGGGAGCAGCGACGAACCAAAACACCAACGACGAUAGGUCCCGACUCUGUCGAUGGCCACGACGACGACGAUGCCGAGCAGGACCAGCAUCGAGAUGACGAGUAUGAGCGCGACGCCAGGCGGGACGACACCCACGACGAGGAAGACGAGGAGGAGCAUGUCUGA